AUGUCAACAAAACUUUUAUUUAAUCAAAUUCAGCAACCUACCACCAGUACUAACCAAGAAUUGAAAUCUUCAAAACCAACCAUUUCAAGAUAUCCGGUUACAGAUUUAGAUAAAUCUGAUGAAGAUGCGAUUAAACCGGACAAACCAAAAAAACCCCAUAGACAUAGGGAUAGGAAGCAAACAGAGACUAAAAAAUAUUCAGGGAAUUUCGCGGAGGGCAGAAGUCGAAGUGCAGAAUACAAAAUUGCUGCACAACGUGAUGUCAAUGAUAUUGAACAGCUGAAAAUAAUGGUUCAAACAAAAGAUGAUCAAAUUGAAAAACUUGUAAAAAAAAUAACUGAAGUUUAUGGACAUAAUGAAGAAUUUUCAAAAGAAAACCAAAAACUAACAACUGAAAUACAACAACUUAAUAAAAAAAUUGAAAAUCUUUCAAUAUCGCUACAAAGAACUGAAAACAAAAUUUGUGAAAACUGUAGUGUAUGGCAAAAUGAAAAAGAAAAUUUAACUGAAUGUAACAAAAGUUUAAAAAAUGAUGUGGAAAUGAUGAAAACACUUGUUUAUAGAUUAAAUGUACAAAUUGAACGUUACCAAGACAAAGAGAGAAAAUUUUCAACAGAGCUUCCAAAUGAUGAACCAGACAAUAAUUGUCAUUUAUAUCAUCCAACAUAUCGUUCCAAAAACUCUUUGCAUUGGGGCUCCGUAAAUACUCAUACUUUAGCUCCUCUUCUUAAUUCCUACGAGGAAAUGAUACGCGAAAAAGAAGAUCUUAUUCAAAAUUAUGAAAGUGAAAUGAAUCGUUUUACUGGUCAAUUAAAAGAAAUUUUGGAUGAAAAUGAACGGUUGCAUAAAGAAAUUGAUGAAAGUCGUAAAGGAAAAGAUGGUUGGCGUGAGGAACGUACACGAAUGCAAGCGCAAUUAGAUGUUUGUAGAUCUAAAGCAGAGCUUCAAACUAGACGUGGUGAUAUUGCUAAAGAAAAACUUGUUGAAGUAUUAAGAUGCUAUGAACAAAAAGUGCAAUCACAAUCAUUAGAUUUAGAACGUUUGCAAGAAGCUUAUGGAAGAGCUAAAGGUGAAUUAGUUUCAUAUAAGAAUUUAAAUCAACAGCCUGAAGUUAUAAUUGAAAGUUUAAAAGAAUGUCAAAAAUUAUUUGAAGAUUUAAAAUCUGAACAUCAAAAUGAUAAAUCAAAAUUGUUACAAGAAUUACAAGAAAUUAAAAAAACAAAUUUGGAAUUACAAACUAAAAAUCAUUCAUCAAAAGAAGAAGUAUUAAAUUUAAAAGUUGAAAUUAAAAAGCUUUCAUGUAAUAUAGAAGAGUUAAAUGAUAAAAAUUGUUAUUUAAAAAAGUCUGCUCAAAAAUUAAAAGAAUCAAGAGACAGAUUAAAAGCUAGACUUAGAAUUGCUUUACAAUGGGCUCACAAAUUAGAUGAAAGCCAACAAAAAAUGAAAAAUACUUGGGAUGAACUUAAACAAUUAGAAGCCAUUGUUAGACAUAAAGAAUCCCAAAUUCGGGGACUACAUGCUCGUCAUAUAGAAGAAGUUGGAAAAUUAGAAAAAAAAUUAAUACAACGAGAUGAAACUAUAAAAAAUAUAUUGAAAGAACGCACAAAAACGAAUAACUAAUAUAAUUAAAAAAUUUAGCCUUUUUUAGAUGAUUAUUAACAUAG